AUGGAGUCAACUGCUCUAAAUAAUAGGAUGGCCCGAUGGAAAAUUCUACUUUCUGAAUUUGAUACAAUCUAUGUGAACCAGAAAGCAGUAAAAGGGAGUGUAACAGUAGAUUUUCUAGCCAGUAGAGCUCUAGAAGAUUACGAGCCUUUAAACUUUGAUUUCCCAAAUGAAGAUAUGAUGUAUUUUGCAACCACUGAAGAAGAUGCUCAAGAAGGACAUCCUUGGAAACUAAAUUUUGACGGAGCUUCAAAUGUUGUGGGUAACGGAAUCGGGGCAAUCCUGGUAUCCCCAAAUGGAGAUCACUAUCCCUUCACUAGUAAAUUGGAUUUUGAUUGCAUGAACAAUAUGGCAGAAUACGAAGCAUGCAUCAUGGGUAUCCGUACAGCCAUAGAACGUAAGAUCAAAGUGCUAGAGGUAUAUGGGGAUUCUGCACUAGUGAUCUAUCAACUUAAAGGUGAAUGGGAGACAAGAGAUCCCAUGUUGAUCGAAUAUAGAAUGCUGGUCUUGGAGUUAAUUAAAGAGUUUGAUGACAUCACCUUUUGCUACCUUCCGCGAGAUGAGAAUCAGAUGGCUGAUGUCUUAGCUACUUUAGCUUUCAUGGUUAAAAUGAACAAAUGA